AUGGCUCAGGACUCCCCACCCCAGAUCCUCAUCCACCCACAGGACCAGCUGCUCCAGGGUCCUGGCCCUGCCAAGAUGCAUUGCCAAGCCUCAGGCCAGCCACCUCCCACCAUUCGCUGGCUCCUGGAUGGGCAACCUCUGAGCAUGACGCCCCCAGACCUACACCAUCUCCUUCCUGAUGGGACCCUUCUGCUGAUGCGACCCCCUGCUUGGGGAAGUGCCUAUGAUGACCAGGCCUUACCUACAAACCUGGGUGUCUACACCUGUGAGGCCAGCAACCGGCUGGGCACGGCUGUCAGCCGAGGUGCUCGGCUGUCUGUGGCCGUCCUCUGGGAGGACUUCCAGGUCCAGCCUCAGGACGUGGUGGCCAUGGUGGGAGAGCAGGUUAUUCUAGAGUGUAGGCCGCCCUGGGGCCUCCCGGAGCCCACAGUCUUGUGGUGGAAGGAUGGCAAACCCCUGGCCCUACAGCCAGAGCGGCACACAGUGUCCAAAGGUUCCCUGCUGGUGGGAAGAGCAGAGAAGAGCGACUCAGGGACCUACAUGUGUGUGGCCACCAACAAUGCUGGACAGCGGGAGAGUCGGGCAGCCAGGGUGUCUGUCCAGGAGCACCAGGACCACAGGGAGCCCCUGGAGCUCCUGGCUGUGCGCAUUCAGCUGGAAAACGUGACUCUACUGAACCGUGUCCCUGCAAAGGGCCCCAAGUUUGGGCCUGCUGUGUGGCUCAGCUGGAAGGUGAGUGGCCCUGCUGCACCUGCUCAGUCCUACACGGCCUUAUUCAGGGCCCAGCCUUCCUCAGGAGGCCAGGCAGCUCCAUGGGCAGAGGUCCUAUUGGCGGGCUGGCAGAGCGCAGAGCUUGGGGGCCUCCACUGGGGCCAAGACUACGAGUUCAAAGUGAGACCAUCCUCCGGCCGGGCUCAAGGCCCUGACAGCAAUGUGCUGCUUCUGAGGCUGCCAGAACAAGUUCCCAGUGCCCCUCCCCAGGAGGUGACCCUGAAACCCAGCAAUGGCAGUGUCCUUGUGAACUGGGUCCCACCACCUGCAGAGAACCACAAUGGCGUCAUCCGUGGUUACCAGGUCUGGAGCCUGGGAAACACCUCACUGCCCUCAGCCAACUGGACUGUAGCAGGAGAGCAGACUCAGCUGGAGAUCGCCACCCAUGCAUCAGGCUCCUACUGUGUGCAAGUGGCUGCGGUCACUGGUGCUGGAGCUGGAGAGCCCAGUAGCCCUGUCUGCCUCCUUUUAGAGCAGGCCAUGGAGCAAGCUGCCCAAGAACCCAGUGACCAUGGUCCCUGGUCCCUGGAGCAGGUGAGGGCCACUCUGAGGCGGCCAGAGGUCAUCGCCAGCGCAGGAGUCUUGCUCUGGUUGUUGCUGCUGGGCACUGCCAUGUGUGUCUACCGCAGGCGCCAAGCUGGAGUGCACCUGGGCCCAGGUCUGUACCGAUAUACCAGUGAGGAUGCCAUCCUAAAACACAGGAUGGACCACAGUGACUCCCCCUGGCUGGCAGACACUUGGCGUUCCACCUCUGGCUCUCGGGACCUGAGCAGCAGCAGUAGCCUCAGCAGCCGGCUCGGAGUUGACCCCCGGGAUCCUCUAGACUGCCGUCGCUCCUUGAUCUCCUGGGACCCCCGAAGCCCUGGUGUGCCCCUGCUUCCAGACACCAGCACUUUUUAUGGCUCCCUCAUUGCUGAGCUGCCCUCCAGCCCCCCAGCCUGGUCAAGCCCCCAGGUCCCAGCUGUCAGGUGCCUCCCGCCCCAGCUAGCCCGGGUCUCUAGUCCCUGGCCCAGUUCAGACAACCUCUGCAGCCGCCGAGGACUCUCAUCUCCUCGCUUGUCUCUGGCCCCUGCAGAGGCCUGGAAGGCCAAAAAGAAGCAAGAGCUACACCAGGCCAACAGCUCCCCAUUGCUCCAAGCCAGCCACCCCAUGGAGCUCUGGGCAUGGGAAUUGGGGAGUAGAGUCUCCAAGAACCUUUCCCAAAGCCCAGGAGCCGUGCCCCGAGCUCUGGUUGCCUGGCGAGCCCUGAGACCCCAACUCCUCAGCUCUUCAAAUGAGCUGGCUACUCGCCUUCUCCCCCCUGUACCACCUUCUCCUCAAGGAACUCCCACUCAGAGUCAACAGACACAGCACUUGGUGGAGUCCCAAGCUUCCUCCUCCCUCCCACUACCAGCAGUCCCUAUCCUUAACAUCUCGAGUCCCCCCAGCCCCCGGGCCUCUUCCCUCUCUGGUCCCAGCCCAACUUCUAGUUGCCUAUCCAGCUCUUCACUGUCAUCCCUGGGGGAAGAUCAGGACAGUGUGCUGACCCCUGAAGAGGUGGCCUUGUGCCUGGAGCUCAGUGAGGGUGAAGAGACUCCCAGGAACAGUGUCUCUCCUGUGCCAAGGGCUCCUUCACCCCCCAUCACCUAUGGGUAUAUCAGUGUCCCAACAGCCUCAGAGCUAGCAGACAUGGGCAGGGCUGGAAGAGGGGUAGGGUCUGAGGUGGGUGGCCUGCUAUGCCCACCUCGCCCCUGCCCCACCCCUACACCCAGUGAGGGCUCAUUGGCCAAUGGCUGGGGCUCAGCCUCUGAAGACAAUGCCCCCAGUGCCAGAGCCAGCCUCGUCAGCUCUUCCGAUGGCUCCUUCCUCGCCGAUACCCAUUUUGCCCGUGCUCUGGCAGUGGCUGUGGACAGCUUUGGACUUGGUCUGGAGCCCAGGGAGGCAGACUGUGUCUUCACUGAUGCCUCCUCACCGCCUUCCCCCCGGGAUGAUCUCUUUCCGACCUCAAGCCUAUUGCUGCCCACGUGGGAGUGGAGGUCAGAUUGGUUGGAGGACAUGGAGAACCACAUCCAGCAGCUGGGAAGUAGGCUUGCUCCGUGGCCUCCCAACUCCCGGGUCUCUUCCCAGAGAAGUUGGCUUGGCUAUCCUAUGCCCAAGACCAGAGACUCUUGA